AUGGAUGGCAGAUGUUACCCAGUAAUAUUCCCAGAUGCACGAAAUUUCCGCCCCUUCACUCCUGACUCUCUGGCUUUAAUUGAGAAGCAGAUUGCCAUCCAAAAGGAGAAAAAGAAGUCCAAAGACCAGACAGCAGAAGACCCCCCACCUCGACCUCAGCUUGACCUAAAGGCCUCUAGGAAGCUGCCCAAGCUCUAUGGUGACAUCCCCCGUGAACUGGUGUCGAAGCCCCUGGAAGACUUGGAUCCGUUCUAUAGAAAUCAUAAAAUAUUUAUGGUGUUGAACAAAAAGAGAACAAUUUAUCGCUUCAGCGCCAAGCGUGCCUUAUUUAUUUUGGGACCUUUCAAUCCACUCCGAAAUUUCGUCAUUAGAAUCUCAGUUCAUUCUUUGUUCAGCAUGUUCAUCAUCUGCACUGUCAUCAUCAACUGCGUGCUCAUGGCCACAGCUUCGGAGAACGAAAGCAGACCAUCUUCCAAUGUUCCAGAGUAUGUUUUCACUGGGAUCUAUAUUUUCGAAGCAUUGAUAAAAAUAUUGGCGAGAGGUUUGAUUCUGGAUGAAUUCUCUUUCCUCCGAGAUCCAUGGAACUGGCUGGAUUCCCUUGUCAUUACAACAGCGAUCAUAUCAUAUUGCCCAGGUAUCACAGUCAACAUGUCAUCCCUGCGCACAUUCAGAGUAUUUAGAGCUUUGAAGGCGAUCUCUGUCAUUUCAGGUCUGAAGAUCAUUGUUGGGGCCCUGCUGCGCUCUGUGAAGAAGCUUGUCAAUGUGAUGAUUCUGACUCUCUUUUGCCUCAGUAUCUUCGCACUUGUCGGUCAGCAGCUCUUCAUGGGAAAUCUGAGCCACAAGUGUGUCAGGAAGGACUGCCUCCAAUAUAAUAUUACUCUCAGCAAUAUGGACUAUUGCUUAGAAAAGAAAGACAAUUGCAGUGACUUCAAACUGUGUGGCACCCGAUUAGGGAAACGUACCUGUUCUUCAGAUUUUAAAUGCAUGGAAACACAAUUUAACCCUGACUAUAAUUAUACAAAUUUUGACAACUUUGGCUGGUCUUUUCUUGCAAUGUUCAGACUUAUGACUCAAGACUCCUGGGAGAAACUUUAUAAACAGACCUUGUUUACCUCAGGGCUUUACUCUGUCUUCUUCUUUGUGGUGGUCAUCUUCCUGGGCUCUUUCUACCUGAUUAACUUAACCCUGGCUGUUGUCACCAUGGCUUAUGAGGAACAGAACAGAAAUGUAGCUGCAGAGAUAGAAGCCAAGGAGAAGAUGUUCCAGGAAGCCCAGCAGCUGUUGAAGGAGGAAAAAGAGGCUCUGGUUGCUAUGGGUAUUGACAGAACUUCACUUAAUUCCCUCGAAGUGUCAUCUUUCUACCCGAAAAAAAGAAAGUUGUUUGGUAGUAAGAAAAGGAAGUCUUUCUUUUUGAGACAACCUGGGAAAGACCGUGGCCCAGGAUCAGACUCUGAUGAAGAUUUCCAUCCAAAACCACCCCUCCUAGAGCAAACCAAACGACUGUCUCAGAAUUUGUCAGUGGACCACCCUGAUGACUUCGUAGACCCCGUCCAGAGGCAGAGGGCACUGAGUGCUGUCAGCAUCCUCACCAUCACCAUGCACGAACAAGAAAAAUCACAAGAGCCAUGCCUUCCUUGUGGGGCCAACCUGGCAUCCAAAUACCUCAUGUGGAAUUGUAGCCCCCAGUGGAUAUCCUUUAAGAAGGGCUUGAAGAUUGUGAUGACUGACCCCUUCACUGAGCUAGCCAUCACCAUUUGCAUCAUAAUCAACACCAUCUUCUUGGCCAUGGAGCAUUAUCCAAUGGACAAGUCUUUUGAGGACAUGUUGGAUAAAGGAAAUUUGGUUUUCACUGGCAUUUUCUUGGCAGAAAUGUGCCUAAAAAUCAUUGCACUUGAUCCUUACCACUAUUUUCAACGAGGCUGGAACAUUUUUGACAGUGCUGUUGCUCUUCUGAGUUUUGCAGAUGUGAUACACAGUAUAGUGGGUAAGGAUAAUCAGGAAGGGAAACGAAGGCGGCCAUACUUUCGACCUUUAAGAGUGCUGAGGGUCUUCAAGUUAGCCAAGUCCUGGCCAACUUUAAACACUCUGAUUAAGAUAAUUGGUCACUCUGUUGGAGCCCUUGGAAACUUAACUGUGGUCCUGGCCAUUGUGAUCUUUAUUUUCUCGGUAGUCAGCAUGCAGCUUUUUGGCUCUCAGUUCAAUUCCACAAAGACUGAUCUCAAAACGUGUAACUGUACAAACUCAUGUCUGAGACGCUGGCACAUGGGGGAUUUCUGCCAUUCCUUUCUGGUGGUGUUCCGUAUCCUCUGUGGAGAAUGGAUUGAAAACAUGUGGGAAUGUAUGGAAGAAACUAAGAGCAAACUGUGCAUUAUUGUCUUUCUGUUGGUCAUGGUGAUUGGAAAACUUGUGGUACUCAACCUCUUCAUUGCCUUGCUGCUCAAUUCCUUCAGUAAUGAGGAGAGAGAUGGAAAUGGGGAAGGAGAAGCCAAUAAAACUAAAGUCCAAUUAGCCCUAGACCGGUUCCACUGGGCUUUUUGUUAUGUUAUGAAAUCUCUUGAACAUCUUUGUGGCAAAUGGUGCAAGCGUCAAAAUUUACCAAAGCAAAAAGAGCUGCCAGGAGGUCCUAAUGCAGAAAGCAAAGACAUCAUUCCUCUGGAUACCAAGAUACAAAAUGACUCAGAGACAAGUGGUGAACCCAACAGUUUGAAUCUAAGACAUGAUCUGGUUUGGCUGGCUCCACUUGCUGAGGAAGAAGAUGAAAGUGAAUCUGUUUGUGGAGAUAAUGCACAGCCUGAGCCUGGAACAAAGGCCUCUGAACUUCAUCAGGAGACCAAGAAACCUUCCAGUCCAGGAGCUGCAAGCGUGGAAGUUGAUCUCUUCUCUGAAGAUGAUGUUCCUCCAAAGAUACAGAAGCUCGAUGCUGUCAGUGUAUUCUCGGAAUGUAGCACCAUUGAUCCACAAGAUUCCUAUGGGAGAAUACUAGAAAUGGUUCCCAAAAAAGGACCAGAGAGAUGUUUGCCUAAACGCCUGUGCCUCUGCUUUCCCUGCUUUCCCUGCUGUGCUAUGGACAAGAGAAAGGCCCCCUGGAUCAUCUGGCAGAACCUGAGAAAAACCUGCUACCAGAUAGUGAAGCACAGCUGGUUCGAGGGCUUUAUUAUCUUUGUGAUUCUUCUGAGCAGCGGGGCACUGGUAUUUGAAGAUGUUAACCUUGAAAAGAAAAGGAAUAUCAAAACAUUGCUUGAGUGCACUGACAAAAUUUUCACAUUCAUUUUUAUCCUGGAGAUGUGUCUGAAGUGGUUGGCCUUUGGGUUUAGGAAGUAUUUCACCAGUGCCUGGUGUUGGCUGGAUUUCCUGAUCGUGAUUGUCUCCAUGACCACUCUUACUGAUAAGAAAGACUGGAAGCCCUUGCGGAUCCUGCGAGCUCUGAGGCCUCUGCGAGCACUGUCCCAGUUUGAAGGAAUGAAGGUGGUGGUGUAUGCUCUGAUAGGUGCCAUACCGGCCAUUCUGAACGUUUUGUUUGUCUGCCUCAUUUUCUGGCUCAUAUUUUGUAUCCUGGGAGUAAACUUCUUUUCUGGAAAAUUUGGAAGAUGCGUUGAUAACACAAAUACAGUUUUUAAUCACACCAUUAUUGCAAACAAAAAUGAAUGUGACAGUGCAAAUGCCAUCUGGAUCAACUUGACAGUUAAUUUUGACAAUGUGGGGAUGGCUUACCUUGCCCUGCUACAAGUGGCAACAUUCAAAGGAUGGAUAGAAAUUAUGUCUGCAGCUAUUGAUUCCAGAGAGCCCUUAGACCAGCCAAAGUUUGAAGCAAAUAAAGGCAUGUAUAUUUACUUCGUGGUUUUUAUCAUCUUUGGCUCAUUCUUCACUCUGAAUCUCUUCAUUGGUGUUAUUAUUGACAACUUCAACCAACAACAGAAAAAGAUAAGUGGCCAAGACAUUUUUUUGACUGAAGAGCAGAAGAAAUACUAUAAUGCAAUGAAAAAAUUAGGAUCCAAAAAACCUCAGAAGCCCAUUCCAAGGCCUCUGAACAAAUUCCAGGGCCAUGUGUUUGACAUUGUCACAAGCCAGUUCUUUGACAUCCUCAUCAUCAGCCUCAUUGUCCUCAACAUGAUCUGCAUGAUGGCUGAAUCGCACAGACAGUCUCUAGCCAUGAAGGACACCCUUGAAAAUCUAAACUUGCUUUUUGUGGUCAUCUUUACAAUUGAGUGUCUCAUCAAGAUCUUUGCUCUGAGGCAGUACUACUUCACCAAUGGCUGGAAUUUAUUUGAUUGUGUGGUCGUGGUCCUUUCUAUUGUUAGUUUAAUGGUUUCUGCUUUGGAAAAACAAAGCCAGAUUCGCUUUCCUCCGACACUCUUCAGGAUCGUCCGCUUGGUUCGGAUCGGCCGCAUCUUGAGACUUGUGCGAGCAGCUCGGGGAAUCCGGACUCUGCUCUUUGCACUGAUGAUGUCCCUCCCAUCUCUGUUCAACAUCGGUCUCUUGCUCUUCCUGAUCAUGUUCAUCUACGCCAUCUUUGGCAUGAACUGUUUUCAACACACCCCCGCAGCAGAUGGCAUCGAUGAGAUAUUCAACUUCGAAACUUUCUCGAGCAGCAUGCUCUGCCUCUUCCAGAUAACCACCUCCGCCGGCUGGGACGGUCUCCUCAGGCCCAUGUUGAAACCCUGUCAGGCUGACUCGAAAUGCAGCCCCCCUGCCAUAGCCAUCGCCUACUUUGUCAGCUACAUCAUCAUCUCUUUUCUCAUCGUCGUCAACAUGUACAUUGCUGUGAUUCUAGAGAAUUUCAACAUAGCCACCGAAGAGAGUGAGGAGCCUUUGGGUGAAGACGACUUUGACAUAUUCUAUGAAGUCUGGGAAAAGUUUGACCCGGAAGCAACCCAGUUCAUCAGCUACUCUGCCCUUUCUGAUUUUGCGGAUGCCCUUCCCGAGCCCCUGCGGGUGGCAAAACCAAAUCGAUUUCAGUUUCUAGUAAUGGACUUGCCCGUGGUGAGCGGGGAUCGCCUCCACUGCAUGGAUAUUCUCUUCGCUUUCACCACGAGGGUGCUUGGUGACUCCAGCGGGCUGGAUAGCAUGAAAGCCAUGAUGGAAGAGAAGUUCAUGGAAGCCAACCCUUUCACCAAGUUGUACGAGCCUAUCAUCACCACCACCAAAAGGAUGGAAGAAGAAAAGUGUGCUGUUGUCAUUCAAAAGGCAAUUCGCAGAUACAUAGAGAUGACCAAGUGUCACAUGGACAACAGGCCUCGUGUCGUCCUCCAGACACUCUGCAACGGUGACUUGCCCAGCUCGGGGGUGACUGAGGGUAAAGUCCACUAUGACUGAGCCCCUCAGACUCACCCCUACCUCAUACUCUUGUCGCCAGCCCUUGUGCUGCUGGGGGCUCAGUGCCUAACCACGCGACAGACUUUCUGAACUGCUGGAUCUGUGUUCUGGCUAGAAGAUGCCAUAUUUCAAUGUUCACAUCCAAUGACUCGUGCAGAGAGAGGGGAUAAGACCAACUGGCGAAUAGCCACUGGUACUAUUGUAAUAAGAGAGAAGACACUAGACAGAGCUGUAGGGGACACACUAAUAUUAAGAUUGCAACAGUUCAAAUUUCAUGAAAACAUAAUAAGAAACAGACUAAAUAAAAAUUUGAAAUUAUGCUUUUCCACAUGCUUCU